AUGUCAACACAGCAAGAAGCAGCGAACAUCGGCAAAGUGCUCAACUUUCUUCGAGAAUGGGACCGUGGUGACAGGACGGUCCGCAGCCGCAUGUUGAACACCUUUGUGACUCAAAACACAGGGAAGACGUUUUAUGAGCUGGAGUGUGAGUUUGCACAGGUGUCCAGUCUCUUUCUGGCUCGACUCACCACGUGGAUGAGACUCACAUACAUGUUUGGGACAUUCUUGGGACUCCAGUUGAGAGCAGUCAGGAUCUUCCUGUCUGCAUCAAGCCACGAUCAAUACCUGAUGGAGUUCCUGGAGGAUGGAGGUGUUCUCACUCUCUUGGACAUCUUGAGCCACACUCAGAGCAAAGAGGAGGACAAGGCAGAAGCCCUCCAUCUACUGCUCACUGUCUCAAAUGCUGGUCGCAAGUACAAAGAGAUUAUCUGUGAAAGCCACGGUGUCAAAGUCAUAGCAGAGUGCCUGGCCGACUCAAACACUGAGGAAACCCAAGAGACAGCUUGGGCCCUGCUGGAGUCCCUGUCCCAUGGGAAUCCUAAAUACCAAACUCAAAUCUACAAAAGCCUCAUUGCCCUCAUGACAUGUAGCUCUCCUAAAGCCCAGCAGCUGGUCCUGCACACCUUACGCACUGUGCAGUCCAAAACAAAGACGGCCCAUCACAGCAUUGUAGAGCCUCUGCUGAAUAUGCUCAGGUCCCUGCACCUGGAGGUCCAGGAUGCAGCUAUUAAUCUUAUCUUAGACCUGAAGUGUUAUGAUGUGAGGCCGGUGCUGCUCAGUGGCCUGGUGGCUCUGCUGAGACCUACUAAAGAAGAAACAAACUCACACCAGUUCACAGAAGAGGCUGAGAUGAUCAAGGUGACUGGAUCUCUGGCUGUAUUCGUGCAACAAGCUGCUGCAGCUAAAGCUAUACGGUUGCUGGGUGAGAAAGAUCAACAGCUUUCUCAUGAGCUUCUCUCUCUUGGAGUGAUUCAGUGUCUCCUGCAUUCUGUGGCCAACAGAGAACACACUGAUGCCCAAAUACAAGCCAGCCUGGCCUUGGAACACUUUGUCCGCUCAUUCCCAGCUAUAGAGGAACCUGUUCAGAGAGUCAUGGGCAGCGCACUGUUUGCAGCCUUCAUGCACAAAGCUGAGACUUUGUACAUGAAUCUGGAUGAAACACAAGCAGAAAUCCUGCUAAACAACAAAGUCAAUAUAACUGGAGUUUUGGAUGGUGAGAACUGUGACGGCUGACAAAAAGAACACUUGAUGAAUUUUAAUGAUGCAGAUAAAAAAAAG